CAAGUGUUAGUGUUUUUUGCAGGGUUAUUCACAGCCUGGGGUUUCUACCACUCCAAUGCCAAUAUCAACACAAACCUUUUAUGGUCACAACUGCCUCCACCGUCUCCUCCUCCUUCUACAACACCUCCACUGUCGCCUCCACCAUCUGAUGCUCGGCCACCUGGUCGGCGAUUUGACUAUUUCAAGCUAGCCUUGACUUGGACCAACGCAUUUUGCAAGACUCCAAAUAAGAAAUGCAUGCCAUCUCCGCCGGGAUGAAAGUUUACCAUUCAUGGGCUCUGGCCAUCUAACUAUGGAGGAGAUGAUGACCCAGAGGAUUGUAUGCCAAACGACUCAUCCCUCAAGGAUGAUCAUAUUUUUCAAGAGUUGAAAGGUGAUCUGUUGGAAUAUUGGCCAAAUUUAGAAGAUCCUGAGAACUUCAGCGGUAGCAAACGGUUUUGGAGAUAUGAGUGGAUAAAGCACGGAACAUGUUCUAAUUUUGCAGCAAAAGAAUAUCUUGAAAAGACAAUCGACCACACAAAACGUUAUGCUCAAGCUAUUUUCAACAAUAUGAUAGACAAUGGUAUUCACCCAGAUGGAACCACGGAGUACAAUUCCAGUCAUGUACUGAAUGCCAUCAAGAACGUCACAAAGAAGAACGCAUUCCUAGCAUGCAAAGAUGAUGUGGAUGGAAAAUUUCAGCUCUAUGAGAUUCGCCUUUGUUUUGCUAAUAAUGAUCUAGAAGAUUGCAGAACAACAGGCAAUUGUAAUAAAAAAUUCAUAUUUGCCUCACCGCCAGAAUCAAACCACGACCUUUUUCUUGUCUCCGAAUCAUCAUCAAAAUCGGAACUGUAGGAAGAAGAUGUUGAUAUGUAAUCAUGAAGCAACGGUACUGUGUUGUAAGAGAAUGAAGAAAGAGUGAUGUGAGCUAGUAGUAUUGAACAAUGAAGUUGUUUUGUUGGAUGAUAUGCCCAAUGGACAUCUCAUAUCUAUGGUUUGACCAUGGAAUAAAAUGAAUGUUAUUUAAAUCAUGAUUGAUCUGAUUAAUUUCGACCUGAUCAUGAUUGGA